AUGGUCCUGUCGUGGGCUGAGAUGUUGAUGCUGACUCAUAGCCUCACAGCCGAGCAGUAUGAGGUAGACGACUGGAGUGGCAUCAUAAACCUGAUCGAGGUCAUCCGACUGCAGGCCAGUGGACCCUCGGAAGCCAGUCGCGCUCUGAGGAAGAAGUUAAAAUAUGGAAACGUACAUCGCCAAUUGCGGGCACUCACGAUCCUAGACUUCCUCAUACAGAAUGCCGGGGAGAGGUUUCUCAAGAGCUUUGCCGAUGAACCCCUCCUAGAACGCCUGAGAGUCAUCGCGACCGACCCCCACACCGACCAGGCAGUCAAGGACAAAUGUCAACAGCUAUACUCCCAGUGGACAGUGUCGUACAAGGGUGUUGCUGGGAUGGAGCGAGUCACCGCGCUUUACAGACAACUCCCCAAACGCAAGAAACCCGCCGGCGAGCAACAUUCGAAGAUCCUCAAGGAGCCAGUCGAGGAACCUCUAGGCCACUCCGUUUCCAUCGUCGCAGGGGACGGCCCAUCGAAAGCAUUAAACUCAAACUCGCCCACCACGUCUAAACAAAGCAGGUCAUCCUUCAUAUCUGGGAGAAAGUUUAAGCGGGAUAUGGAUAAACAGACGGCAGAUGCUAAAGAUGCACGCAAAGCGGAAAAGGGUCAUGCCAAGAGUAGAACAGCUUCUCCUGAGGAUAUCCGUGCCAUACAGCGUGCUGUUGUGGACGUAGGCUUUACCGUGUCCCGCCUAGAGGACGCACUGAAGCUUGUCAACCGCGAGAAACAACGAGUCAGCGAAGUUCAGGAUGUCAUGAUACCUGUUAAACGAUGUAAAGAGCUACGGGUCGAACUCCUGAGGCUUCUUCAUAAAAUCGACGAUGACGACUACCUUGGUAUCCUUAUCCACAACCAUGAAGAGCUGGUGAAUGCCCUGUUGGCCUUCGAAGUCAUGGAUAAAAGCGUGGACGACGACAGCGACAGCGAAGAGGAAUCAGCCAUCCAGCCUUCCGAGUCGCCCCAUAGAAACAACCAAACGUCACCGCCCGCGAAGCCACCGCGUCCGCAGGCAGAUCCUAGUCUGCAGGACAAGUACAAAGAUCUGGAGAGCGAAAGCGAACAAUCGGAGGAUGACGACGAUAUUGACAACCCCUUUGGCGACAGGAACGCCAUUAGCACCCCAGCCUUGGAGAAGCCUGGAAUGACCUGGCGAGAAGUGUAG